AUGAAGAGCUUGAGAUAUAUUUUAAAAAGUACAUUGUCAAUGAUAUAUUUGCAAGACCAACUGUUUGGGGUUGGUAGCACAGAUUGUGUGUUGUUCCCACGAGAAAAUAACGCGUCAGCAGUGACUACAAAACCGAAGCGGAGAGCGUACCUUCUCAAGAGGAAAGCCCUCACCACUGGCUUCUUUGACCAGAGCCGGAAGGAUGCCGACAAGGAAAAAGAACCAACUGGCAGCGUUUUUGGAGUCCCUCUGGCGCAAUGUGUGGAGACAGAACGCGCCUUAAGAAGACAACAACACACAGGAUCCCGGGCUUCCCUCGCCUCUCUCAAUACACUUGAGAAAGGAGAUGAUAGUGAAUCCUGUGAUUCGGGGGAUUGGGGCUGGGCAGGUUUAGAAGAGGCAGGUGGCGGCAGACCCAGAAUUCCAGCACUAGUCUCCGCCUGCUUGGCCCACCUUCGCCGACAUGGUCUUCAUACCAUGGGCCUCUUCCGGGUCUCCGCUUCAAAGAAGAGAGUGAGACAAUUACGGGAAGAGUGGGAGAGGGGCCAGGAAUGUGCCCUUGACGAUGCCCUGCCUCAUGAUGUGGCAACACUACUUAAAGAGUUCCUAAGAGACCUGCCAGAUCCAUUGCUAUGUAGAGAUCUCUACUGUGCGUUCUUGCAGACUCAGAAAAUCCACAAUAGGUCCUUGCAAUGGGAAGCGCUAAGGUACAUAGUCCAGCUAUUACCAGCAGCUCACAGGGAUACAUUGAAUGCUCUGCUCUCCUUCCUGUCACAACUGGCAUCACACUCUGUGGAUGAUCACCAGCCGGGGAACAAGAUGGAUGCUGCAAACAUUGCCACUAUUUUCGCACCCAAUAUUCUACAUAAAAAUAAGCCAAAUGAAUGCGCAAGCGCGGAAGAGCUAGCGGAGAGAACAGAUGUGAUCAACGUGGUCCGACAACUAGUUGAGCGGCAGACAGAACUGUGGACACUUCCGGCUGAGCUCCUUCACGAAGCUUACAUUCACCUUGCGCAUACGCAGCCUGCCCACCUUGAUUCCUUAUUGCUUCGGAGAGCCGAAACAGCGGAGGCCAACGCGAAUUCGGAGAGUGGUGUGCGGCGAGUGUGGGCUCGAGACCACUUCUUGCACGCCGCUACAGCGACUGCUACCACGCAGCCUUUGCCUUCUAGUAAUAUGAACAACGUCCCGGCUCGACGGACGCGAACAAGAGACGCUGCCUCCGACACGUCGUCUGGUUCUCUUUCUUCUGCUAUGACGAUUGUUACACGGGUCCGAAGCAGUGAGGAAUGCACGAGUAGCGGAGUGAUCUGUUCUCCACCUUUAAGAGAUUCAGCUCCAGACUCCAACGACUCGGCCAGUGAUUAUAAUGAGACUGGCGCGUGUUCAGAGGACGAAUGUGUGAUCACAGCAUCACUCCACAUCCCAGCCAUGCGUCCGCGCCGCAGAUCCACCUCUGGGUCGUCGUCGUCAGCUAAACGGGACUCCGCAGUCGGUUCAUCACCAGCCUCGCCCGCCUCGGCGUCGAAUACCUCAUCACCGCCGGCCAGUCCGCCCCCACGCGCGCCCGAACGAAGAAAUGAUAUCGAGAGACUCGUAACUCUUGGACGGGAACGAAACACGUCAGAUGCGCGCGCAGUCAUAGUGAGACAACACGAUGAGACAACAGUCUCUCGAGCCACAAGAAUAUCUCGCGAAAUACGGCGGGAAGAAGUCGUCCGGAACGACCAGACCAUAAAAAAAGAAGAACAAGUGAAAAACGAUCUAGUCAGAAGGGAUGAACAGAUCAGGAGAGAUCUAGUCAAAGACGAGAGGAGAGAGGGGACAAUGCUGUACAAGCGGGGAGAAUUGAUCUCGAGUGCACAGACUCGGCCCGCAUGA